AUGGACGAAUUCGCCUCGUCUUCCAAGCCCGCCAGGCGCCAGCGUAGUCAAUUGGUGCUUCUCAAUCUUGCCUAUGCGCUCGCAUUCUUCUCGGGCGUCGUACAAAUCUUCACUCUCGCCGCUGGCAAAUGGGUUACAGAAAAUGCCGAUGGCUCCCAGCACCUUGGGCUAUCCAGCUUAUCUAUCUUUGACGGCAUCGUCCCCUCCCCCUCAAAUCCCGACUCAUACCUUCUAUCGAUGCACUUCUUCCUAUCUUCUUUCGGCUACGAAUACCCAAACACUUCCACUGCAGCUAUCGUAUCCUCUGAACCCCGCCUUCCGCAGAACUUCAUCUACAUCGGCGAAAAGCUGGGGGUCUCUUCCUCCUCAUGGGCCUGCCUCCGCGGCUCGGGACAGUGCACAUCGUCCUUUUAUGAGGCGUUCCGUAACGACAGCUUCAUCGCUCCUUCAACAUUAACAUAUUUCGCACAUAUUUAUGCGCUCUCUGUAUUAGCCCUGUUAAUGAUCUUCGAGGUCCUUAUCGCCGUCCGCCCCAGCUGGCUAAGAUGCCAGUGCUACUUCUCUUGCUUAAAGCGAGUAUGCCCUUGCCCCCGUGGCUCGCGCGAGGAGAUCGAAGCCCUCCCGGCAAGCUUCUGGAACAGAUAUCGCAUGUGGAUGUGGCCUGUGUUGCCGCUUGUCAUAGUCCUCACGGCAUUUGCUCUAGUAAUGAGCGGACUCCUACUGAAGAGCUACGUCAACCGCCCAAGAGCGGGAAACACAAAUGCGCAUUUUGGAACGGGGUUCAUUGUGAUAGAGACGGCGUCCGUAGCGGCAUCUUUUAUAGCGGUAAUCUGCAUUUAUGUAAGGUGGAUAUUGAGCCGUAAAGUGAACUGGAUGGAGCAGCAGGGAGCCAUUGCAGAGGGCGACACAAAUCUAACUUCCGGGAGAUCGCCGCUCCAGCCGCAUGAAUACACCGACGCCGAACCGGGCGCAUCUCUUUCCCUGGCCUCUGCACCAUUGGGAUUUCGUGGGGAGCCGCCCAGGGUCGCAUAA